AACACCCCACUGUGUACCCCACCCCCUUACACUCACCAAUUUGGUGCCCAUGACUCUAACCAUACUUUUUGUAUCAUAUUUCUAGUGAAGGAGAAAUCAAAACAUGUAGUUCAAGGAAGUUCAAGUGAGCAGAAGGUCAUAGAUGAUUUUAUUUUCGAUGAUGCAUUGGAUUUGUUGAAUCAUCAACGUUUACCGGUUUUAUUUUGUAGUUUUUACGACAAUCCAAGUGCUCCAUCAUUUUGCGCUGAGCCAUCUUUCUUGAACAUGCAGUUUUAUGGACAUAAUGAUAUAAUGCUUGGCGAAUUUUUGGAAAGAUACUGUUUUCGAAGUUCCUAUAUUUGCAAGUCUUGUAAUUUACCUAUGAUGGAUCAUGUUCGUCGAUAUGUUCAUUCCCAGGGAUGCGUACAUGUCGAAUUACACGAAGAUAUGAAAAAGGUCGAUACAGGUACCAUACUAAUAACAUCUAAGUGCUCCAUUUGUAACGAGGCUACCCAGCCGGUUCCUAUGUCUAGCGACACGUGGUGUUAUUCCUUGGCAAAAUAUCUAGAAUUGCGCUUUCACAAUCAUUUAUACAAACGAAGAACAUUAGAAAGACAAAAAGAAUGUAGUCAUUCACUACAUCGGGAUUACGUUCAGUUUUUUUCGUAUAAAGGGAUCGUUGCGAGUUUCCGAUAUAGCUCCAUUGAAAUCUGGGAAAUCGGCUUGCCUACAAUGAUAAUGCAAUUGAAAGAUCUUAAUGUAAAACACGUUCAACAAGAUAUUCAAGACAUAAAAGAUUUUGCUAUAAAAGGUUACGAAGUGUACGUUAAAAUAUUCGAUCAAUUGGCAGAUCUUUCUAUUGAUAUUGAAACUUCUACGUGGUUGAAAAAGAAAGCAAAUCAAGAUCAAAUGGUUUUCAAGCAACGUCUAGAUUUUGUACAAACACUUUUGGUCGAAAAAGAGAGUACGAGUGAAGAAAUAGAGGAUGCAAUAUUGUUUUUGAAAAAAGCUUUGGCGGAAGCAGUAGACGAAUGGGAACCAAGGCUAAACGAGAUAAUGAUGCAAUGUAAAUCAAACCCUUCCAACGCAAUGACUGAUAACAAUGCUGAAGAAAUUGAACCUUCCGGCACAAUAAAAAGAGAUGAGAACAAAAGAUUCGCUGUUGAUAAAAAUAAAUUUAUGUCACGAUUAGCAAAUAGUGAAUCUGAUGUUACCGAGUUCUUUGCUGACACAUUGAAAACGGAUGAUAAAAAUGCCAAAGAAAACGAACGUAAGGGCGUCAAAGGUUUGCUCAGUCAGUUUUUAUCUUCGUCAGAAAAUGCUCAUAUUUUCAAUUCUCCUUUACCAAAUCAUGAGCAUCACAAUCUCAAAUGUGGCCUGUUUCCUGUUAUGGUCAACGAUCAAGAUUUGUCGUCAUGUAUAGCAUACAGCUUAGUUUGUUCAGAAUAUCUGAAGUCAUUAGACCAUUUGUACGUUGAAAAUUUUGCUGAUAGCAGUUCACUUUUGAAAAGGAAAUAUUCGGAUAUUGGGUAAGUUAUUAUUUCAAUAGGCCAUUUAACCUGGAUUUUACUGGGCAGAUCCAAAUCAGCUGAAUGAGCAAGAGUGAUGACUGUCAUGGCGGUGAAAUGAAAUACCCGAUCAGAAAAUUACAUCUUACGGUUGCCAAAAACAUGAAGAUGACAUGUUUCCAGAAUGCUUGACUUAACCCGGCCCGGGCGGAAAGUGAGUUG